GCAGGUUCAGUGCCGCGGGCGAUGCUCGGAGGCAGUGACCUUCGCAGAGCAGGCUGCGCGGGGACCUUUUUUUUAAGACUUCCUUGUUUAUUGCCUUUUGUGUAUAAAUAGAACAUAUGGUUCCUGUUUAAGGAAGCCAUUUAAAAGGCUGAGCGGGGUUUAAUGUUACCGCCCGGGUGCAGGCAGGCGCGGUGCCCUGGCUGCUGCGCGGAGGUGCGUGCACCGCCGGGCUCGCUGCAGCCCCAGCGCCCGCUCUAGCCCUCAGCCCGGGGCGAGCGGCUCUCGCUGCUGCCGACCCCUGCGAGAUAAAGGGACUGCGGGCCGGCUGCCCCGAGCAGGGGCUGCUGCUGAAACCCGGGCAGGAGAUCCCUCGGUCCGCGGGUUUAGGGGUCGCUGCCUCUUGGUGCCGCGGGGGAGCCUUGCUUUGCUCAGCCCCCCGUGCCCCGUGCAGUGUAAACAACCCGCAGCAGCUACGGGCGGGCUCGCUGCGCAUGGCCCCGGCCCGCACGCCCCACCUAAGUGCGACGCUGGCCGCCGCGCGAGGCCGAUCCUCCCUGGAGCAGCGCUGCCAAGUGCGAUGGGAGGGAAUGCACCGCCCGCCGCCGCCUGCUCCCACGGGAACGAGCCUCCGGCACGAGGAGCUGGAGCCGUGCCGCGCGGAAGGUGCUGGCGCGGGCAGGACCACAGCGUGAUUCCCAGGGCUCGGCCAGGAGCCCCUGGGGAGGGGGAGUCCCAGCAGAGCUUGGGGCUGCAGCGGGUGGGAGGCUCGGUGGUGGCUGGUGGCCCCGCGGGACCCCCAGCACCGCGUCCCCCGCAGGCGCUGGGUGAGGCGGACCAGGUGCGGAUGACCUCCGAGGGCUCCGACUGCCGCUGCAAGUGCAUCCUGCGGCCGCUCAGCAAGGACGCCUGCAGCCGCGUCAGGGCCGGCAGCGCGCGGGUGGAGGACUUCUACACGGUGGAGACGGUGAGCUCGGGGGCCGACUGCAAGUGCUCCUGCACCGCGCCGCCCUCCUCGCUCAACCCCUGCGAGAACGAGUGGAAGAUGGAGAAGCUGAAGAAGCAGGCGCCCGAGCUCUUCAAGCUGCAGUCCAUGGUGGACCUGCUGGAGGGGACGCUGUACAGCAUGGACCUGAUGAAGGUGCACUCCUACAUCAGCAAGGUGGUCGCCCAGAUGAACACCCUGGAGGAGACCAUCAAGACCAACCUGAGCAGGGAGAACGACUUCAUGAAGGAGAGCGUGCUGCACCUCACCGACCAGAUGAGACGCUACGAGAACUACUCCGACAUCAUGAUCAGCAUCAAGAAGGAGAUCUCCAACCUGGGCUACCAGCUGCUGCAGAAGGACGCUGCGGCGGUCCCUGACAGCAAGGCUCAGGACACGGCGGGCGGCCGCGGGAAGGAGGCCGCGCAGUUCCCCAGUCCCCGCAAGGCGCUGGCGGACAGGGCGGCUGCACGAGCGCCCAAGGAGAAGCCGCUCAAGCCCGAGAAGCCCAAGAAGGAAAACGCGAAGCGAGGCGGGUCGCAGCCCACGGCCAAGCCCAAGCCGCCCGCACACCAGCAGACCGUGGUCCGGGGCAUCACCUACUACAAGGCCGGGCAGGCGGAGGAGGCACAGGGGGCGGCCGGCAGCCGCGAGAGCACCGCCAGGGGGGCGGCUGUGCCUGAGCGGCAGGAGGAGAGGGGCCCCACGCCCCCCCCAGCUGAGAGCACCCCGUCCCAUCCCGGUGCACGGGCAGACACCACCGUGCCCAGCACCACGGCUGCACCCAGCACCGCCCUGGCCCCCCGCACCGCCGCCCGCAGCCCCCCCGGGGACGGGGCUGACAGCACCAGUGGCCCCGAAGCGCCCAACAGAGUGAAGGAGGUGGAGUGUGAAGGCACCAUCAGGUCGGUGGAGCCCCCCACGGAGCACCACAGCUAUGGGCGCAACGAGGGGGCCUGGAUGAAGGACCCAGUGGCCAAGGAUGACCGCAUCUACGUCACCAACUACUACUACGGCAACAGCCUGGUGGAGUUCAGGAGCCUGGACAACUUCAAGCAGGGACGCUGGAGCAACCUCUACAAGCUGCCCUACAACUGGAUCGGCACAGGGCACGUGGUGUACCGGGGCGCCUUCUACUACAACCGUGCCUUCACCAAGAACAUCAUCAAGUACGACCUGAAGGAGCGUUACGUGGCCGGCUGGGCGCUGCUUCACGACGUGGUGUACGAGGACACGACGCCCUGGAAGUGGAGGGGGCACUCGGACAUCGACUUCGCAGUGGAUGAGAGCGGGCUCUGGGUCAUCUACCCCUCCGUGGACUACGACUACUCGCAGCAGGAGGUGAUCGUCCUGAGCCGCCUCGACCCUGGGGACCUGUCGGUGCGCAGGGAGACCACCUGGAAAACGGGGCUGAAGCGCAAUGCCUACGGGAACUGCUUCAUCAUCUGCGGCAUCCUGUACGCCGUGGACACCUACAACCAGAAGGAAGGGCAGAUCUCCUACGCCUUCGACACCCACACGAACACAGAGGCGGACCUCCGGCUGCCUUUCCUCAACGAGUAUGCCUUCACCACGCAGGUCGACUACAACCCCAAAGAGAAAGUGCUCUACGCCUGGGACAACGGCCAUCAGAUGACCUACAGGCUCCACUUCGUGGUCUGAGUACCCGGCCGGGUCCGGGCACCCAGCAGCAGCCUGGCACCGGCACCCGAGCUGGGCCGGGGCCGCAGGAAGAGCCCUGCUCCCCCCGGGGCUCUCCCAGCCAGCAGCCACGGGCAGGGCCGGGCUGUCAGGGCCCUGUGGUGCGGGGAUCACCCCGGGGACACCCCCACGACGAGGUGGCUGCCGGGGCUGCGGGGCUGGGUGCCACCCCUGGCGGCUCGGCCGGCACUGUCUGCUGGAGGCCCCGGGGCUGCGGCAGGGCUCGGUGCAGCCCGGCACCUCUCCCACCCCGAGGCGCUGUGCGCGGCUUGGCCCCGUGCCCGCUGCAGUCGUUGGUGCCCUUAGCACCCCCAGGACCUUGUCCUGCAGGGUGGGUGCAGCUCGGGCGCUGCCUCGCCGGCAGGAACAGCCGCUGAUUGCUAUUUUAGAAGAUGCAAAUAAGAUGCCUAUGCUUUUGCAAUUCAUUAGCUCGUUAUUUAAACGCAUUCGUGGGAGGCGUGCGCUGGCACGGAGCAGCCUGUGUGCAGCGCUGGGGUGCGCCCUGCCUGCGCCCAGCACCGGGCAGGGAGGGGGUGCGCAGCCCUCCUGCACUCCCCCCACGGCAGGGUGAGGGCCCAGGAUUGCUUGGCUUGGUUUCUGUCAUUUUAGAAGUGAACAGUAUUAAAAAGUAACAUGUAAAACCAGA